AUGUCGAGCGCAACAGGAGCAACAGCCCUUCUGAAGGACGAGGUGGACAUAGUGAUCCCAACAAUAAGGAGCCUUGAGUUCUUGGAGUCGUGGAGGCCAUUCUUUGAGCCAUACCAUCUGAUAAUUGUGCAAGAUGGUGACCCUUCCAAAGUCAUCAAGGUCCCCCAAGGCUUCGAUUACGACUACUACAAUCACGACGAUAUUAAGCGCAUUCUUGGACCUAAGGCCUCUUGCAUUUCCUUCAAGGACUCUGCUUGUCGCUGCUUUGCUUUCCUCAUCUCCAAGAAGAAGUACAUCUUCACCAUCGACGAUGAUUGCUUUGUUGCAAAAGAUCCAUCUGGCAAAGAAAUUGAUGCCCUGCACCAGCACCUUAAGAACCUUCUGACUCCAUCAACCCCAUUUUUCUUCAACACCCUCUAUGACCCAUACAGAGAGAGUACUGAUUUUGUCCGUGGAUAUCCAUUUAGUCUGCGUGAAGGUGUCCCAACAGCUGUUUCUCAUGGCCUCUGGCUCAAUAUUCCUGAUUAUGAUGCCCCAACCCAGCUUGUCAAGCCUCUCGAAAGAAACACUAGGUAUGUAGAUGCUGUUAUGACGAUACCAAAGGGAACUCUCUUUCCCAUGUGUGCCAUGAAUUUGGCAUUCAACCGUGAAUUAAUUGGCCCUGCAAUGUACUUUGGACUCAUGGGUGAAGGUCAACCUAUUGGACGCUAUGAUGAUAUGUGGGCUGGCUGGUGCAUAAAGGUUGUAAGUGAUCAUUUGGGAUUGGGGGUGAAGACAGGCUUGCCUUACAUUUGGCACAGCAAAGCUAGCAGCCCAUUUGUGAACCUUAUGAAAGAGUACAAAGGAAUUUUCUGGCAGGAAGAGCUGAUCCCCUUUUUCCAAUCUGUAAGUCUUCCAAAGGAAUGCACAACUGCUCAGGAUUGCUAUCUUGAACUCUCCAAGCAAGUUAAGGCAAAGCUUGGCAAAGUUGAUGAGUAUUUCGACAAGCUUGCAGAUGCCAUGGUGACAUGGAUUGAAGCUUGGAACGAGCACAACCCAUCAGGGGAAAAAUCCAAUGCUCCCGCAAAUUAA